GACGAGGCAGAAAAGUGCGGAGAGAAAAACGAGGCCAAAGCUUCCUUUCACUAAAAGCUGGCACUAAAACUUUUUACGAUCUCUCAAUCUUUUGACUGUGCUUCUCAAAUACCUUGUUAUCUUGUUCUUGAAUCUUGAUCCUUCAGGAGGUUUUGGAGACCAGAAAGAAACGUCUGGGAUGUCUACUCUCAUCAAAGAGCUUGUCCUCUUAAUCUUGCAGUUUUUGGAAGAGGAAGGUUUCAAAGAAACUACUCGCAUGCUUGAGCGCGAAAGUGGAAUUUACUUUGACAUGAAAUAUUUUGAGGACAUGGUGCUUAGUGGGAAUUGGGAUGAAGCUGAGAGGUAUCUUUCUGGUUUUACAAAUGUCAGAGACAAUAGGUACUCAACCAAGAUUUAUUUUGAAAUCAGGAAGCAAAAUUUUCUCGAGGCACUUGACAAUAAUGAUCGUGGAAAGGCAUUGGGUAUCCUCAUGAAGAAUUUGAAAGCCUUUGCUCCAGGUCAUGAGGAGCUGUUCAAAGAAAUGACUCUGCUUUUAACAUUUGAUGAUAUAAGGCAACAUGAAUCACUUUCCGGAUAUGGAGAUACAAAGUCUGCAAGAACAGUGUUGAUGAAUGAACUCAAGAAAAUUAUUGAGGCAAAUCCUAUUUUCUGUGGCAAACUGGAGUUUCCUAGCAUCAAAAGUCAGAGGUUGCGCCGUCUCAUUAAUCAAAGCUUGAAUUGGCAGCAUACACAUUGUGAAGAUCGUCAUCCAAAUCCAGAUAUAAAAACCCUUUUUGUGGAUCAUGUUUGUCAACAUCAACAGGACGUUUCAUUUGCGCUGUCAACUGAGAGCAUUUCACUGCAUUCUCAAGCCACAUCAUGUCCAGCUUCAACAACUUCUGACAAUUGGACUUCUAGCGCAUCUACUGUAACACAACCUGCUUUUCUUGGAGCCAUCUGUUAUGGUGCGCCAACUAAUUCAGCUAAAGCUAUAGAGCUUCUGAAGGAUUCUGAUAUGAUGUUCACAGGAAGACCCUUUAGCACCGUGGAUAAGGCAACUUCUACUGUCACUCAUCCUGGUCAAAGUCACAGCUCAGCGUUUGUACCAGAUGACUUGCCCAAGAUUGUUGUUAGGACAUUGGAUGAGGAAUCAUCACCAGUGAGCAUGGAUUUUCAUCCUUUCCAGGAGAAUGUUCUGCUAGUUGGAACUUCUACUGGUGACAUAGGGCUGUGGGAUUUAAGUUUUGAGGAAAAGUUGGUUUCAAUAAAUUUUAAGGUCUGGGAUAUUGGGGCAUGCUCAAUGAAAUUCCAGGCAGCUCUGUUAAACAAUUCACAUGUCUCUGUCAAUCGUAUCUUGUGGAGUCCUAAUGGUUCUUUAUUUGGGGUUGCUUAUUCAAAGCAUAUUCUGCAGUUAUUUUCUUAUCAUGGUGGACAUGAUGUCCAGCAGGAAUUGGAGAUCGAGGCUCAUGUUGGUGGUGUAAAUGAUCUAGCAUUUGCUGCCCCUCACAUGCAACUUUGGGUCAUAACAUGUGGAGAUGACAAGACAACUAAGGUGUGGGACGUGGUUACUGGAACGAAACAGUUCACUUUUGAUGGUCAUGAUGCUCCUGUUUAUUCUAUAUGUCCUCACGCCAAGGAAGAUAUUCAUUUUUUCUUUUCAACAUCUGUGGACGGUAAAAUCAAGGCCCAUUUAUAUGAUAACUUGGGAGUUAGAGUUGAUUAUGAAGCACCAGGUCUCGGGUGCACCAAAAUGGCUUAUAGUGCUGAUGAUAAAAGGCUUUUUUCAUGUGGGACCAGUAAAGAUGGGCAGUCAUUCCUUGUUGAAUGGAACGAAAGUGAAGGCACUACAGAGAGAGUUUACCAUGGACUUGGUAAAUGCCCUUUGUCUGUUGUGCAAUUCACUACAACCAGGAACCAGUUUUUGGCUGCUGGUGACAAUCACAUGAUUAAAUUUUGGGAUAUGGACAAUGUUGAGCUUUUGACAACUAUUGAUGCAGAUGGAGGCCUCCCAGCAAAUCCACAUAUAUGCUUCAACAAGGAGGGCACAUUAUUGGCUGUUACUGCAAAUGAAAAUAGAAUCAAGAUCUUGGCAACUGAUUAUGGUCCUCAGAUGUUCCAUACAUUAGAAAACUGUUCUGGAGAUGCCUCUCGGGUUCUCACUGAAACCUUCAGGAAGCUUGCUGUUAAUCCAAUUACAGUUGUUGCUAGUGCUGAAGAUGCAUAUGGAUGUCUCAACAUAGGUGGGAAUGCAAAAAACAUGGAUGUCAUGCAAUCUAAAUUUACUGGAGAAGCCUUCAACAAAUCAAAGCAGAAGCUCUUUGAAAUUAACAGUGCUUCUCAGUGCCAGUCCUUGCGGCUCCCUGAGCAUGCGAAGACAGAGAAAAUCUCAAGACUGAUCUACACAAAUUCAGGUAGUGCCAUUUUGGCUUUGGCCUCAAACGCCAUUCAUCUACUUUGGAAAUGGCAACAAAAUGACCGUAAUUUGAGUGGCAAGGCGACAAACAAAGUUCACCCUCAAUUGUGGCAACCAAAGAGUGGCUUACAGUUCAUGAGAAAUGACCUUACAGGCACCAACAAAGAAGAUGCUGUAGCCUGUUUUGCUUUGUCCAAGAAUGAUUCAUAUCUCAUGUCAGCAUCUGGAGGAAUGAUUUCCCUGUUCAACAUGUUAACAUUUAAGACAAUGAUGACUAUCAUGUCCCCGCCACCUGCGGCGACAUGUCUUGCUUUCCACCCUCAAGAUAACAAUAUAAUUGCUGUUGGGAUGGACAAUUCCUUGGUUUUAAUUUAUAACGUCCGCUCAAAUAAGGUUAAAAGCAAACUCGAGGGUCACUCUGAAAGAGUUACUGGCCUUGCAUUCUCUAGUGCUUUGAAUGUACUCAUUUCUUCUGGUGCAGAUGCUCAGGUCUGUGUGUGGAAUGUGUCUUGGGAAAAACAAAAAGGCAUAUUCUUUCAGAUGCCUGGUGGAAAAUUGGCAUCGCCAUCAGACACCCAUGUCCAGUUCCAUCGGGAUGAGAACCACUUCCUUGCCAUGCACAAAACUCAUCUUGGAAUAUAUGAAGCAAGAGAAUUAAUCUGUGUUAAGCAGUGGAUUCCAGGAGAAUUUUCUGCACCCAUCUCCGAUGCAACUUUCUCGUGUGAUAGCCAGAUGGUGUACGCCACCUUUGUGGAUGGAAGUGUGGCCAUUUUCGAUGCUUCAAAUCUUGAGCUGCGUUGUCGGAUUAAUCCUACCGCUUACCUUCCUUGUAAUACAAGUCCCGAUGUUUACCCGAUUGCUAUUGCUGCGCAUCCUCAAAAACCAACCCAGUUUGCCGUGGGUCUUACUGAUGGCGGGGUUAACGUUUUUGAACCCCUGGAGGCUGGAGAUAACUGGGGCAUGCGGCCAUUGGUUGAUAACGGACCAGCCACCGGCGUGCCUGUGGAAUUCGAGAGUUGAGAAAGUCCCCAUCCUUGACUAAAGAAGCAAAAAAGUUGGGUGUUGUACAUAGAAACAGCUGUGUGAUCUGAGCAAUGAGUAUUUGUGGCUCUACAUCUGAACUACAAUAAUUGCUCUCUAACGUUAAAGUAAUGGGCAGGGAUAAGGUUACUACCUA